ACCUUAAAAUUGAAAGUCGAGACGGCGAUGUUUGAGUCAAACUCUAAUCUCAAUAUUUAGAGAUCUAAUUAUGCAAAUUUCACGGAGCGGUUUAGAGGUUAUUACUGAUGAGUGUUGGUCUUAAUAGUGCUUACCAGAGCCAAGACUGAAUUUGGGGAGAGGUGAUGGCGAGCUUCGUCAGCAUACCAUCUUCUACUCCGCUGUUGACACCGACCCCUCAUCUCUUCCCUCGUCGCUCCAUUUCUACCCAAACCCAACUCAAGAACGGUUGGGCUCGGCGAUUGCUGGUUCUUCGAGUGAAGUGCGUUCCGGAUCAGAGUGGAGAUACGGAAGUGGAAGCAGAGACGGCGUCGUUGUCAACGUCAUCUUCUUCUACUCUUUCGGACAUUUCAUCAUUCAAUUGGUAUGCAGCUCUUGGGGGAUUGGGGUUUCUGGAGACUACAUACUUGACAUACCUCAAGCUCACUAAUUCCGAAGCUUUUUGCCCAAUUGGCGGUGGCACUUGCGGUGACGUCCUCAGCAGUGACUAUGCCGUUGUUUUUGGUGUUCCACUUCCAUUGAUUGGAAUGGUUGCCUAUGGGUUAGUUGCAACGCUUGGGUUGCAGUUGGCUGGAAAGAAUUUUCCUUUUGGAAUUGGUGAAACUAAUGGCCGUUUGAUUUUACUGGGGACAACUACCUCCAUGGCGGCUGCCAGCGCAUAUUUUUUGUACAUCCUAAGCACAAGAUUUGCAGGAGCAUCAUGUUCAUAUUGUUUAAUGUCAGCUCUGUUGUCAUUCAGCUUGUUCUUCAUCACUCUAAAGGAUUUUGGGCCUCAACAAAUACUAAAAGAGGUGGGUCUACUGCUAUGUGUAGCUAGUUUGGUGGUUACUGCUUUAACCACCUCAUAUAGAAGUUUGCAACCCAUCUCCACAAGCUUGGCUGAGAUUGACCUGCCAUAUGCCACAACUGAGAUCACAACAGAGUCAAGUCCCUUCACUCUUGCUCUUGCAAGACAUCUGCAUUCAAUAGGAGCUAAAAUGUAUGGGGCUUUCUGGUGUUCGCAUUGCGUUGAACAGAAACAGAUGUUUGGACGUGAAGCAGCAAAGGUGUUGGACUACGUAGAAUGCUUCCCUGAUGGAUACAGGAAAGGAGUAAAAAUGGCUGAGGCAUGUGCAAACGUUGCAAUUGAAGGGUUUCCAACGUGGGUGAUUAAUGGUCAGGUUUUGAGUGGAGAGAAAGAAUUGCCCGAGCUAGCAACACUAUCGGGAUUUGAAUUUGAAGAUUCGAGCAAAUCUAACUAAACUUUCCUUGUGGGUUUAACUGUGAUGCCUGUACAGCUCCUAGAUAAAGCCUUAACAGCUUAUGAACUUAAUUGAUCUUCGAAGUUUAGGCAAUUUUUCUAUAAUUGUUGUUCUUUACCAAUAACAUGAUACAGAGAAUUUGUGAUAGGUGGUGAUUCUCUUUGUUGUUGAAUGAUAACAUGAAGUCAGUAGUACUUUCAUCCCUCCCCCGGCAGCAACUUCAUUCGGCUUACUAUAUCAGGGGUAUGUGUGUACAUGCUAGCAUGCUAUGUGCUCGUACGUGUAAUCUAUGGGGCAGUCAAUUAGCAGAUUCAAACUAUUUAUUUCAUGAUGGAUAAUUGGAUAUAUAGUCUUGAAUGCUGAUUACAUGAAUUGAAUACCGAUUAA